AUGACCUUCAAUNGUAAAUUUGAUUAGAGUUGUAAAACAAAAUAAUGUCCUGAUUAUAUUGAGGAAUAUUGCAUUUAAAAUGAUUGUAAUUGGAAUAUAAUUGAAGGAACUUGUUAAUAAUAAGUUGAAUGCUCUUAAAUUCAAAAUGAAUCUGAUUGUAAUCGCUAGAAAUACAAUAAAAGAACAUGCUUUUGGGUUAUAUAGAAUGAUAACUAAUUUUGCACUUAAAACACAUGUCGCCAUCUCGAUAAUUCUAUAUUAUGUUCUGGCUCACGUUUUGUUAAUGAAUAUUGUGUUGAGUUAAGUGAUUCUACUUGUGUAUCAUGUGAAGAAAUUUUAGAUAAAUGCGAAUGUAUUUAAUAAUCUAAAUAUUGUUAUUAUGACAUUGAACAAAAUAAUUGUAAGUCUAAGAAUUGUGAGUCUUUUAAAAAUUAGGAAGAAUGUCCUGAUAAUUUAUGUUCAUAUUAUGAUCAUGUAUCUUUUAUUAUUCUAUAUUUAGAAAUGUCAAAAUUAAUGUUAAUAUAUAUAUAAAGAAGAUCAAUGUAAGAAAAUUAAUAGAUGUACUUGGAAGAGUGAAUAACAGAAAUGUCAAGCAUUAUGUGAAAAAUUUUCAGAUGAAUCAUAAUGUUAAGAGAUGAAGGAAUGUUUUUGGAAUGAUGAUCAAUAGAUUUGCCAAAAUAACACCAAUUCUUAUGAGAUAGAAAAGGAAAUAAAAAGUCAUUUGCUUAGUUUAGCUUUAAUUUAGUGGGUUAUGAUAUGA